AUGGGCUUCGCAAAGUCGAUCAAGUCGCUUUUCAAGGGAAAAGGAAAGGGAUCAAAAAAGGAAGAUGAUCUCUUCAACCCUUAUGAGAAGUCGCAAAAGGCUACGGUCGGGAGAAAUAAGAGUAUGCGAAUGGGCAUCUACGAGCCUUAUCGGAGCCAUUUUCCGCUGCGCCAAAAUCCGAUUCCAUUCGACAAAUCCGACCUCGCCUCCGACUCACAACACCAAAGUCACCAAAAAGCAGAUUCGCGGUAUGGCGGGUACGAUCCGACGCGGAUGAAGCUGGUGACUGCAAAUGGAGAAUUCACACGUGAUCGCAACGGUAACUACGAACAGCACAUUCCUGCUCAAAUGCAAGGCCAGCUAGCGAAUAACAGACGCGGGCCGCAGAGCAUGUACGGAUCCACUGAUUCUAUUCACUCAGGCAUUCAACAAUUGUAUACUUCGAAUCUCGGCGCUAGAAACGGCCAGCUCAGGGGUUCGACGCGCAGUUUGGAUCAAUUCGGAGGACAAAGCCAACUGGACCUGAUCAAAAACGGAAACGGCAGAAUGUCUCUCCGAAGCAACAUGGGAUCCAACAGCAUGUCGAAUAUGCAGCAGUAUCAACAUCAACACCAACAGUAUCAAAAUCAUUACCAGCAAAUGCCGAAUAUGGGCCACUAUCAAAUGUGGCAACCGCAAUUUGGACAACAUCAGCCAUCAUCUCGCCCUGGUUCUGUCGACCCUUAUCAAAUGAUGUCAUCCUCGACAACCUCUCUUAACUCCUCGGCGUACGGGUUCAUGUCCCCAACUCCCCAGCAACAGCAGCAGCAGCACCAAGCAGCUCCUCAUCAUGCAAGCCAGCAUCAACUCAGUAGUCAUCAGCAAGCUCCAGCACCGAGUCUUCCAAAAGUACCAUCUCUUUCUCAGCUGACCGGACUCAACUUUGAUCCGUCCGGCCGUCCGAUGACUUCUGACCCGAACGAAAUCGCCCAGGCCGUGAAGAAGAUGGAGCAAUGCCUGCAAAUGCUCAAUUCUAUUCAACGAAACAACCCAGGAAAUUACCAACAACACAAUCUACCGCCGCAGCAACAGCAGCCUCAAAUGCUCCAGCCACGGGCGCCGCCAAGUUUAACUGCUCAGCCUCUUCGUUCAAGUCUUCGAAAACCCCAGGCACUCCAGCCGCAACCCGAAUUCCAAGAGCGCGAAGCGCGUAAAAAGCGAAGAUUGAGGAAAAAAUCGGACUUGUCGAAAUUCGACUUGUCCGAGCUCCGCAAAAAGCUCGAAAGCGUUGAGAAUGAUUCAACUGAUUCUGGAGGCGAUUCUAGCGGCGACAAGGGAUUCUGCGAUGGUUCGAAUCCACCGUCGGAUGGAACAGUUACUCCAGAAAAGAGGGAGAGUGGAAGCGAUUCUGGGGAGUCGUCGGAUUCUGGGGUUUCUACUCCGCCGCCAGCUGAUUUAAAAAUGGAAAAAGAGCUGAAACCAAUCCUGAGCGUCACCAAAGGAAUCCUCAAAAGAACAAAUUCCCAUUAA